CUCAAGGGCUAUCUUGUCCCACCCUGUGCCAUGGGCAGGGACACUUUCCACUAUCCCAGGCUGCUCCAAGCCCUGUCCAACCUGUUCUUGGACACUUCCAGGGAUCCAGGGGCAGCCACAGCUUCUCUGGGCACUCUGUGCCAGGGCCUCACCACCCUCACAGGGAAGAAUUUCUCUCUAUUAUCUAAUCUAACCCUGCCCUCUGUCAGUGUGAAGCCAUCCCCUCUUGUUCAGGGGUCCUCCCUGUCAUAACCUGUUGUCUCCCUCAGUGCUGAUUUGAGGGCAGAUGYUGCUGGCAGGGAAAUGGGUUGAUCCAGCCAAAAUGUUCCACAUCCAAGUGAUGGAGCUGGGAUUUUUUAAAGCUGUAAGGCUUUAAAAAGCAGUCCAGGCCAAUAAGGAAAUAUCUCGGGCAUGGGUGYGAGGUCACUUAGCAGAGUUUUGGGGUGAAGAAUCAAAAGCGAAAGUCACCAGAGCACUGCUGGGCUGUGCCUUGUAAUGGGACAACGUGGCUGUAGGAGAAAUGAGUAAUAUCUGAUCAUGCAGGACAGAAAAGCACCCCAGAAAAACUCUGGGUUCAUGGGACUGUGUGCGCUAAGAAUAAAGYUGGAGGAAACAGCAAAAAAAGGAAGGGGAAAACAGGCAGUUUCGGGAAGGCAGGCCCCUGCCAAGCCCCAAGCCACAUUUUCUCGUCAGCAGGGAGCAGGGUCGGGCAAAACCACAUCGACCCCGGGGCCUCCCGUGCCGCCUGACUUCUCCUAUUUUCGGUCUCAAAUAGCGGGAUGCAGCCAGGGCUGGGGCUGGGGUCAGCAUGGCUCUAUGGGUGGCGUUGCUGCUGGGGAUGCUGCUGGUGACCCACCACCCUGGGGACACAGCGAUCCUGGAAGCCAACGGCAACCUGAGCUGCCGCUGCCUCAAAAGCACCCGAGCCUUCAUCUCCCCGCUGAAAUACAGCAGCAUCGAGGUGUGGCCCGCGGGGAGCAGCUGCCGGCGCCUYGAGGUGGUGAUUAAACUAAAGAGCCUGCAGAGGGUCUGUGUGGAUCCAGACACCCCUUGGGUGAAGAAACUCUUGCAGGACCUCCCUCACCUCAGGAGGAAGAAAAAGGUUCCCUGAGGAACCUGAGGAAGCUGCUAGCAGAGGCAUGGCCAG